CCCACCCCGGAAAAUAAUCGUUUAUUUCUGUGGCCACCAGGAGGCGUAGCCCAGCCUCCUAAUCGCGUCUCAACUUCGUAUCUGUUAUCAAAGCGGUGGCGGGAGGAGGAAGAGGAGGAUUGCUUCUAGUUUACACCACCUAUUUGCUUGACUCGUGCUUGGCUGCUGCUUUUGUAGUAUUAAGUUAAGCACUUCCACAUUGAUUGAAAUUAAUAAUAUUUUUAAAACAGCAACAGCACUGAGGCAAUUUGUUUCCUGAUCGCAUAAAAUUGGGGGUGGGUUAAACAAACGGCAAAACUAAAUCUGCUAAUAAUAAUUCUUCUGUUUUGAUCGGUUAUUUACAUUGUUUUUACCCUUCCUUGGGAGCGAGCCCCACUGAACAUGAAGGGAUUUACAUGUGCGUAAUCACUGCACUGCAAUGCAGAAGACAGACUGAAGUCAACAGGAGACAAGCCCCAUCCUUGCAAGGCAGGAUUGGCCACUGAACUGGAUUGAAACUUUUUGCCCCCAUGCUGACCACUCAAGUGUGGGGCAUUCCGGGGGGGGGGGGAAGCUUGAAAGAACUCUAUGGCCAGUGGGACACUCUGGGAAUCCCACGUGGAACUCAGUGGUUCUUGAGGGCUCUGCUUCUAGAGCGGGCCUACUAAUCCAGCUGAAGCAGCUGAAAGUUAAUAGUGUUGUCAGGUGAGGCAAAGUGUAUUAUUAAGCAGGGCUCUUAGGUCUGCAAAUGAAGAAAGUUUGUGGUGAGCACCCUGUAUGUGUUCUACAUUUGCAAGUAAGGAAUAUAAACAGCGGGAGGUAAGUUAAAAAUGAAUUUCUAAAAUGUUCCAAACUAAAUGUUAACAGGAGUUCUUAAUUCUGGGCUAUUUAGAGCUAAGCGUUGCGGAGCCUGCGCUUGCUGGUAUUAAUGGUUUUUAUUCAGCCACAUGUAAUGGAAGAUGCCUUUCCCUUCUAUAAUGCUUGUAUGUCUGACCGAAUUAGCUGAUGUCUAGUUUCCAUUCAAGGCUAUUUCUUCUGUUAGGCUUCUUCUCUUCUUUUGUUCUUGAGGGAGGACCAGACUUGGUUUUUGGAAGGAAAGAGUGAGGUGUGCAACAAAAUGUUGCUGCAUGAAGUUGCUUCUUCAGUGUUCCUGCCCAUGGCCUUUUCCAGGGCAUUCAACGCGCCACCUUCCACACUGGUUUUUCCUGCCCUCCAUGACUGUGGUCGCUGAGCGUUUUCAGUCCUCAUUUGGCUGUUUAGAGCUGGGUUUUCCCACUCCUCUGCCCCUCCCCUCCAUUUUUUAUAUAUUUGUAUAAACCUCAGAGUUCCCCAUAGUAUGCUGAUGCCUCCCUCUUGUUUUUGUUUUUUUGGGGUGGAGUGGGGUAUUUAGGCUACAUAAGGUUAGGCACAUGAAGAAUUAGUAUAUUAGUAUUAUUGUAAUAGAAAAGCCAUGGUCAAGAAUCACAAUGGUGGAAUUUGGCUUAUCUCUCGGUUUGGGAGAUUCGUGAGGCUAUCAAACACAAUAACCAAAGACAUUCUUUAGAAACCUCCUAUAUUUCAUGCCCACUUUGGAGACAAAACUAUGUAAGUUAUUUAAUGAUUGGGGCCAUAUUCUGCUUUAAGUUGAGAUACAACUUUCUCUGUAUGCGUGUGUUUUCAUAUAUACUUUCAGAUCCUUUAGCAAUGUAAAACAGAGGUAUUUGAUUUUGCCAGUGUGGGAAUAUGUGAUAUAUGUUUGCAUUUAUAAUUUCAAUAGUAAAAACAAUUAGCUAAGUAAGCUAUUUCAACUAGAGAGUGGAAAAUUAGUUGCACUGUCACAUUAAAAUAAGCUAGGCACCUGGAUUGUUAAAGAGGUCAAGAAGCAGGCUUGUUAUCUGUUUGUGGGACCUGAAAACUCCAUCCUCCCUUAGGCUGCUAUCUGAUGCCCACUUAUCCUGAAAAGUCAUAGGCUAUGAUUUGGGAGCUUUGCUAAUUGCAGUUAGGGACCAACAAUGCAAUCCUAUUCAUGUCUACUCAAAAGUAAGUCCUGCUGAAUUCAGUGGGCUUUACUGCCAGGUAAAUGUCAUCCUUGGCACCCUAUAGUUAAGCACUGUUUGGAAGAAGGAACCAGCUGAAGACAGGAUAUCUCCACCCAGGAACAUCUGCACGUGUCUCUACCGGUCCAUUUUACCAAGCUAGCUCCUAAUAAAUCUGAUUGAGUUCCAUUUUGCAAAAAAGGUUGCACAAUUGGUUACAAAGUCUCCCCCCUCCUCCCCAUGAUAGGAAGGUUUAUUUUUAACUAAAAUCACUUCUGGAUUUAUUGUUUGGAAUGAGUACCAGCAGGAGCCAUUUGAUGUAAAAAAGACAUUUGAGAUUAAGCUACAUGAAACGUCCGUUGAACUACAUUUUUAAAGGAAUGUUUCAUCAGUGUUAGAGACUUAUCUUUUGUACACUACCUGACGACUUGGUAGAUAGUGUUUCAUGACUAAAUUUCUUUUGGAAAUGCUGGGAAAGUACAGCAUUUAAUCUUGCACAAGUUUGGUUCCAGAAUAUACUGUCGCUGGAAUAAAUGCAAAUAUGAUUAACUUCAUACCUCCUGUUUGAGACAGAUGUAAAGCAUUACAGUCUUAUAUAUAACACCAGAAGAAGAUUUAAUCAAUAAAAUAUUUGUUUGAUAAAUCAUAUAUGCAAAUGCUCAGAUUAUAUUAAGGUGCUGAAAAGCUGACCAAAGUAUUUGUUAGACUUUUGAGAACUUUGUUCUUGAAAGAGACAAAUACUGAAAAUAUUAUUUCACUCUCGAAGUCAGGGAUGGAAAACCUGUGGUCCUUCAAAUGUUAGCAACAACUCUCACCUCUUUCUAUUGGUUAUGCUUGCGGGGACUGAUAGGAAUUGGAAUUAAACAACAUCUGGAGGGCCAUAGGUUCUCUAUCCCUGGUCUAAGCAAUGUUUUAUUUGCUGUUGUGAUUAUCUUCUGAGUUUCAUGGAGCUAGAUUGUUCUAAAAGGUUUCUGUAAUAAUAAGAACUGUUGUUUUCAAAGGCAAAAAUGACAUAUCAAUACUUUAAAUAAUACUGACUUUUAAGUGAUGUUAGACACCAGAAAAUAAUACUUUAGCUGUGUGUCUUUGCAGUGUAAUAUCUCUAUUAGCUCUAAAAUACAGCAACCAAGGAUGUUUCAGGCCUCUUACCAGAAGAGGUAGCAUACAAGUUGGAUUAAUUAGAAGAAAAUUAUAUCUGGAAUUACCAGACUGCUCUUCUGUCACUGGCACUAGCCUUUCAGGUAGAUGCCAUGGCAGGGAAGCUGUAUGUGGGCUCCUUGGAAGAGGAAAGCCAUAAUUACACUGAAAAUGUGAAUUCUGCUUUUUAAUUUCAGGAGGGGAAUCAAAUUUCAAGGAAAGCUGGAACACAGAAUAAGCUACCAAUGUUCAAGGCCAGGUAUGACUUCCUGCUUAUCCUCCAGUUUAUGACUUUGACAUGGAUCAGAUACAUUCACUCAGAGCUGAUCACCUUUUGGGUUGGUUCUUUUUGCCAGAGUUAUCUAGAUCCAUUACUCUGUAAAUAGCACUUGCAGCUAGAGUUGGCAGCUUUUUUCUGGAAGGACACAUGUGCUUCUAAUAGCUACUCAACAGACAGGUAUUUAGCCAGCGGAUCUUUCAUAAAAUGUUAUGUGCUACAUUUUCAUCCAGAGAACGACCAAAGCAGAAAACAGGAGAGAAAGAACUGGAAAACAUUGACAAAGUAAAAUCCACAUUAAUUAAACUACAACAGCAACCACCAAAGAACAAUUAG